GUUGUGGCUAUAUCCUGCUAUGACACCGCUGGAUCGUCGCUCUUGCUAGGUUGCACGAAUGGCUCUAUGUACUACAUCGAUAUGCAAAAGUUCCCUUUGAGAAUGAAGGAUAAUGAUUUACUAGUCACUGAACUUUAUAAGGAUCCAAAUGGUGAUGGCAUCACCUCCAUUAGUGUUUACCUGACUCCAAAGACAAAUGUCUGCGGAAAUUGGAUCGAAAUUGCUUACGGAACUUCUUCUGGUGCUGUGCGAGUGAUUGUGCAGCACCCGGAAACCGUGGGACAUGGUCCUCAACUUUUCCAGACUUAUACUGUACAUAAUUCGCCAGUGACUCGAGUCACACUAAGCACAAAUCAUUUGAUCAGCGUCUGCUCGGAGUACAAUCACGUACGGUCAUGGAUGGUGACACGCUUUCGAGGAAUGAUUAGCACACAGCCAGGCAGCACAAGUUUGGCGUCUUUCAAAGUGCUGACUUUGGAUUCCACGGAUGAUUCAGAUGGAGACCAAGUGUUUGUUCAACGAGUCGUACCUAACACCAAUCAAUUAUUUGUUCGACUAGCUUCAACCGGAGAAAGGAUAUGCACAAUCAGAUCUGUAGACGGUGCCGCCAUUUCUUCCUUUACUGUUCAUGAGUGCGAAGGAUCCAACAGAAUGGGAAGCCGACCAAGACGAUUCCUGUUUUGUGGAACAACAAGUGGAAGUGUGCAGGUUGUUUUUAGUGCUAGUGCAAAAACAUGA